UUGAUUCCCGGUCCAAAUAAUAUUCUGCUGCCCUCGGAGGAGUAUUAUUUCAGGGCUACGCUCGAUCAUGACGGUGUUUUUGCCUUUUAUUAUCAUCCGACGAAAAUCGAGAACGAUUCGGAGUGGGUGUAUGUGGGUAGCUUACCGGAUCACAACAUUUGUCUCGAUAUCUAUGGGGACACGGGCAGUGGGGCCUGCGGGUAUAACAAUGUGUGCAAUCUCGUUAAUUGGAGGCCCGUUUGCCGCUGGUCGACCCGAAUAACCAAUAUGGAGAUUGCAGGCCCGUUUGCAGGCCCGUUUGUACUCAAGGAGGCUCGGGUGAUUAUGAGUUGGUUACCGAACCGAUAA